CGAUACCAUACCCAUAUUUUUGCAUAUAUUGUCAAUCUCAUGUUGCUAUACCUAUAGGAUCUGUUACGUCCUUCCUCCAUCACUCUUUUGGUUACUUUCUUUCGUUCAUUUGUCAUCAUUCUGAUUGCGGGUAUCGAUGUUGGCGAGCAAGGGUGCACUGGUUAUUGCCGUUUUUGGGAUUUUGCUUUUGGUUACUUUCUUCGAGGGCAUCUGGGGGUUGUAUAUAGAAGAUAGAGACGGGCGUUUUGGUGGGUUGGGUGGCUCAUACUUAUAUAGCAUUUACGAUUGGCAUCAGUAUUUGAAACUGGCAUUUGAAUAUUUCGAUCAGGGCAUGAUUUUGCGCAUAAGCAUGUACUGUGUAUCUCUUGGGCGGCAUUUGAGAUUACUUGGGCUUGAUUCCUACAUACUACUAAAGUAAUGACCCAAGAAUGGCAGGUGGCCUUCUAGUAGUAA